AUGGGAAGACUCCAAUAUACGCCCUUCGUAACCUGCAACGAAACCUCCAGCCCUCUAUCCCUGCACUACGGCAUCUCCGAAACCAUCAACUGCACAAUCCCCUCCCUCUCCGAUAGCCUCUACCACCUCCUCGAAUUCUACGUCCACUCCGACGUCCCCAUGACCUGCCGAAUCCCUACAACCCCCCUCACCUCCAGCAGCGAGAACCACGCCUCCAAAUUCGACGCCGAAACCGGCGCCAGCGAGACUGACUCGCUGAGCGAACACGACAUGAACAUGCUCAUGCACAACAUGGCCUCCGACGCCGCCGCCCAAUCCGUCAAACCAGGCUUCCAGUCCGGCCAGCCCGGCUUCGCCGUCGCAGGCACCGCGUACUCGACGCCGGAGUUCGAGUCUACGGCCGCGAACCUCAAGCUGGACCUGGACGAGGCGGCUGUCACGCUUGCGCAGGCGGCGAGAGAACCAUGGACGUCCGGGCACGGGACGAAGGUGGUUCGCGGGGAACCGUUGACGUUCUCGUUCCACGUUUCGUGGGUUGAGGGCGGCGCGGGGAUCGGGUGGCCGGAUCGGCCUGCGGGAUCGGAUUUCCUAGGCUUUGGGGAGGUGGUGAAGGCGAAAGAAGGCAGUUCGGUCUGGUCGAUUUUCUCGAAGUUGGCUUUCUUUGCUAUGGCUGCGUCUGUGGGGGGCGCUGGCGGCGCUUUAUUGGGAGAAGAGCGGGAACCGGUGGCAUGGUCGGGUGAUGGCAUUUUGGGGGUGCCUCCUGCUGUUGGGAAGGGGUCGGGGGUUACUUUUGGGAACGGGGGUCGCAUUAAUGGGUACGGAGGAUAUUCGGCGGCGAAUGGCGCUGGAACGAACGGUGGUGGUGGAUAUGGCGGAUUUCCCACCGGGAAAAGAGAUUGA